GCAAAUAGGGAAUGUUUUUGAUUUCUUGUUUGUGGGUUAGAGUUAGCGCAUAAUAUAUAAGACUGCAGAACGUUUACUAUAUAGAUCUAACAAAAGUAGUGACUCUAAACAGAAACUGCAAAGUCAGUAUGCUGUCUAGAAAUAUUCUCAGUUGGUUAGUACUGCUAUUGACCCUAGCUGCUGUUACCAGGAGUGAGCACUAUCACAUUGUGCCAGUGAAUUCAACCGACUUUUGCAGUAAUAACUACGGAAAUGGAACCUGUUUUACUUUGGAGCAGCUUGUUCAAACAGACUUGUUAUCUGGAGGAGAUAUUCUCACCUUGAGCUUUUUACCUGGAGAUCAUGUGUUAACUGAGCAGUUAUUGAUUCGUAACUUCUCACGUGUACAUAUCAUCAGUCAGAACAAAAGUACAGCUGUUGUGAGAUUCUAUAACAAUGGCGAAAUACGUUUCAUUAGUAUUACCAAAAUGAUUAUUAAAAACUUGGGUUUCACUGGAGCGAAUUAUGGACCACUAAACUCACAUCAAGGCUUGAUCAUUGACGAUGUGCACGAUGUCUAUAUCAACAACUGCUACUUUAUGAACUUUGAAUUACUCAAUCAGGCGGAAACCCACAUAGUUAAAAUUGCUAAUACUCAUACUACAAAAAUUGAAUGCACCGUAUUUGUGAACAACACUGGUCAGGCACUGCAUGUUGAGGCUGAUAAUGUGCACAUAAAAAAUAGUAUGUUCACUAGAAAUAAUGGAAGUGUGGUUGACAUUCAAUCAAAAAACGCACUGAUCAACAACACAGAGUUCAACUACAAGAGUACUGAGAGUGGAAGAGCAGUAGAAAAGGUAUCUGGUACUGUAGUUAUCACUUGGUGUAACUUUACAAAUAACAAAGCUUUUCAGUUUGGUGGAGCGAUUGGUAUUGGCAGUGUGUCCAUCUCCGACAGUGUGCUGAAAAACAAUGGUGCUUACGAGUUAGGUGGAACGAUUAGUGUUUCCUCAAGUAGUGUAUCCAUCUCCAGCAGUACACUGACAAACAACAUAGCUGACCAUGGUGGUGGAGCGAUUUAUGUUUCCUCAGGCAGUGUAUCCAUCUCUGACAGUACACUGAUAAACAACAGAGCUGACUAUGGUGGAGCGAUUUAUGCUUCCUCCUCAAGCAGUGUGUCCAUCUCCAACAGUGUGCUAGCAAACAACGGUGCUAACAGUAGUGGUGGAGCGAUUUACAUUUCUUCAAGCAAUGUGGUGUUCAUCACCAACAGUGUGCUGACAAACAACAGAGCUGUCUUUGGUGGAACAAUUUAUGUUUCCUCAAGCAGUGCGUCAAUCUCCAAUAGUACACUGACAAACAACAUAGCUGACCAUAGUGGUGGAGUUAUUCAUGUCUACAGAGGUAGUGUUUCCAUCUCUGGCAGUACGCUGACAAACAACAGAGCUGACUAUGGAGCGAUUUAUGUUUUUUCAAGCAGAGUGUCCAUCUUCAACAGUAUGCUAGCAAACAACGGUGCUAAUAACAGUGGUGGAGCGAUUUACGUUUCUUCAAGCAGUGUGGUGUCCAUCACCAACAGUGUGCUGACAAACAACAGAGCUGUCUUUGGUGGAACAAUUUAUGUUUCCUCAAGCAGUGCGUCAAUCUCCAAUAGUACACUGACAAACAACAUAGCUGACCAUAGUGGUGGAGUUAUUCAUGUCUACAGAGGUAGUGUUUCCAUCUCUGGCAGUACGCUGACAAACAACAGAGCUGACUAUGGAGCGAUUUAUGUUUUUUCAAGCAGAGUGUCCAUCUUCAACAGUAUGCUAGCAAACAACGGUGCUAAUAACAGUGGUGGAGCGAUUUACGUUUCUUCAAGCAGUGUGGUGUCCAUCACCAACAGUGUGCUGACAAACAACAGAGCUGUCUUUGGUGGAACAAUUUAUGUUUCCUCAAGCAGUGCGUCAAUCUCCAAUAGUACACUGACAAACAACAUAGCUGACCAUAGUGGUGGAGUUAUUCAUGUCUACAGAGGUAGUGUUUCCAUCUCUGGCAGUACGCUGACAAACAACAGAGCUGACUAUGGAACGAUUUAUAUUUCCUCAAGCAGCGUGUCCAUCUUCAACAGUAUGCUAGCAAACAACGGUGCUAACAGUAGUGGUGGAGCGAUUUACAUUUCUUCAAGCAGUGUGGUGUUCAUCACCAACAGUGUGCUGACAAACAACAGAGCUGUCUUUGGUGGAACAAUUUAUGUUUCCUCAAGCAGUACAUCAAUCUCCAAUAGUACACUGACAAACAACAUAGCUGACCAUAGUGGUGGAGUUAUUCAUUACGCUGACAAACAACAGAGCUGA